AUGGAGCGAAUGGACUUCUUCGCCAGACGCGAUGAGAUAACCAAGGAAAGGUGCCGUCUACUACGAGAAAAGAAUGGAUACGUCCCCGGGGCCCAUAGGGAGGAAGACAGCAUCCGAAAUAAAGACAAGAAGCUCGACAAGACCAAGAAAAUACACCAAGAGAAGCUGGACCUCUGGCUCGACAAUAAGUUCAAACAUUACAAAGCUGUUCCCGGAUGUUCCCCUCCGAGCCAUGAUGUGGUUAAGGAAUUCAUUCGCUGGUGUGUGAGUUCUGCUACAGGCAGACUCAGCGAAGGCAAACAGCCAACUGUUAGAACUGUCAAAGCGUGGGCGGAACGAUUCUUUGGGGGAUUCAAAGAGAGCACCAAAACGGAGGUACCCCAGAAGGAUAGAAAAGAAGUAUAUGAUUGGAUAAAAAAUACAUUGACAGCAGAGGGCAUUGUCGUGGACCAGAAAAAGCAGAAGUACAACUUCAAGAGGGAUGACUUUUUGAAAGUUGUCGCCUCAAUUUGGCAAGCUGAUCAUCAAAAGUUUAUUCCCGGGCUGACAAAGGUCCUCAUACUAUUUGCUCUUCAAUUAUACCUUUUCACGGGGGCAAGAGUCGGAACUUUUAUGCCUUCUGAUGAGGAUAAACACUACAAAGGCCUUCGAUACGAAGUAUUCAACCAGAAAUGGCUCAAGAAUAAUCGUGGUGAAAAGUACACAGUGUUCGGAAUCGGUAUCCGUGACAGCAACAAACCUCAAUUCGCAUCUGGCCAACUUCUCCUCGCACUCGCACUUGCACAUGGCGCGCUUUUUGGUAUAGAGACUGUUUCAGAUUUGGAAGAAUUUGAUCUAUCGAAUGGAGAGAUCCCAUUAGAAUGGAAGGAAAGUUUUAAGACGAAACCGAUUUUCCGGAAUGUCACAGCCGACGGGCCUCAAGAAAUUCCUCUUACGAACAAAGAGUUUUCCUCCUACCUACACCAGAUCUUUGAUGCAGCUGGCUACAGUGAACACCCGACAAUACACUGUUUGCGAAGGAACCUGGCCAAGGAGGUCGAAGCAAGGUAUGGCUCUGCGCCCGUCUCACAAAUCCUGGCGCAUCGGGAUCCAAAAACAUUUCCAGAUCACUAUCAAGCCCAUUGCUCCUCUAUAGACACAGUCUCGGCUGUUCUUGAUGAGAAAGGUGAAACGAAACACAUUGAGUACUUCCAGGGCUACACUCAAUUUUGUGUGCCUGGUCUUCCUGUUAAUUUGCCUGCUCACAUCGAGGAAAGCAUUUUGAUGCUACCUGAAAUGGUGGAACUGAGAAGCCGCAUCGGAGAUCUCAGAAAGUGCAAUAAUCAGACGGAUCUUCGGGACGCGAAGCUGCGUUACAGGAACGCAUUGGUUCGGCAACGCCGGUUUGAACUCAAAAGGUAUCAAACUUCUUGGGUACAGGCGAGAAGGGAUCAAAAAAUUCUCAACCGUGGCAAAGAGCAGCCGGUCUCAGUGACAAAUGAUGUUUGUAUACGUGCUCAGAGUUUGAUCAUGCCUGAAAUUGCGCGAAUCGCAACAGCGAUGUCCCGAACCACUGAGUUGUCCUUUGAAGAGAAAAUCAUGUUCGUCAAAGACUUACAGACUCAAUGCUUCCGCGAUUUUGAUGUGGUCUACCUUCCCAAUGAAAGUCCAAUUCAUAGUGCCUGUCCGGCGAAAGCCUGCCAGGUCAUCAUUACAAGCUUAAAAAAAAGUGAACGAAGCACUCACAUCCAUGCAUGCGUUCGAAGCGAGAAGGCAGCUGAUUUCCAAGUCUCGGAGUCACAAAUGCGCUUUUGUUACGAAUGUAUGGAGUGGUGCUUGUUAAGUGAAUGGCGAGAUCACUGCAAUGCUCAUCUCCAGUCGUGGGAAACUCAACACUGUGAAGUUAUUAUAUAUCGUCACACAGUAAUCCGCCCCGGCUACUGUCCCUUGUGCCUGUGGAAUGCGUAUCUUCCCGCGGAAGAACGAUUGGAUUAUUGGCUGAAAAGUGGCAACCUGAGGCAACACAUCGAAGAACAGCACAUGUGUCGGCUCCAGUGGCCUACAACAAAGCCAGUAUGCGGUUGUGCCCAAGAAUUCGACAAUGAGCGUGACCUUCGACAUCAUUUGCACGACAUCCACGGGCUCAACAAAGCUAUUUGGUCUAGUCCAAAGCUUCCGAGGAAGAGAAAGCGUGCCUUCAAGACGGAGCUGGAAGCACAAAGAUCUUCGACAGAGCUAGAGGAGGAGCGACCCAAAAGGUUGCGCUUUUACCCUCAUCCGCCUCCGCGUCACGAACAGCAGCCAGACCAGAUAUUUGUGCCCAUUUCUGCAUCGCUUUCGUACGUUGAGGAACAUCCCGAACGAUAUUACUGUUCGGAACUCAGUGAUACUCCAAGUGAAAGCAGUAGAAGUAGCGCAGCUGCAUCAUACUUUCCCGCAGCAGAUUCUUCACUCAGCUCCCCGCCAACAACUCCCGGUCUUGAAGUCAUUGACCCUCGGAUCCUCAAGCCAAUUGAACUUCGCAUGGGAGAUGAUUGCGAGCCUUACAACCAAGCAACUGUUCAGCUGGACCCGCCCGAUCUCUCUAUGGACGAGCUGGCGGCAAAGAACGAACCCUACACUUGCCAAAAGCUGUCUAAACGAUCUAGCAAAGAUUGUGCUGGCAAAGAAGCAAAUGAAAGGCCAGGCAAGGCUUUACGACCAGAUUCUCUCAUCUCCCCCAGCAAUCAAAGGCCGAAGCUUAGGCGUGAGGAGUACCAUCAUAUGCAGGCAGAAUCCGACGACAAAACCCUUUCUGGUAAUCAAGCCUGUGUCUCGCUCACUCGAGUCAAGCCAAGAUCACAGUCACCGCUCAAUAAUCUGGGUGAUCUGAGUACUCGCAAGCUCCGUCAGAAGCUUAAUACAAGAGAAAAAUGA